UGACCAGUGCAACUCCGGGUGCCCGGUAUCCUGCCACGGGCCAAGAGGGCACUUGCCUUGUCCCAUCGACGGAGGAUCUCGAUAACAUCUCACGUCUCACACCUGACAUCUCACAUCUCGCAACCUCAUCCACAGACUGCCCCUAUAGGAAUAUGGCAGGCUAAUACGGAGUAUCUUGUACCACUUUACGCUCCUUCGGACAAUUCUGGAAAUCCUCGAAGUAUUACCUUUCUUGGCACGCUCCAUCCUCCAACCUAGCCCGCUCAUCCCUGGCUUUGAAGUUGGGGCUCUCUAGGCCUCGCGCGUAAGGCACCCUGUUCUGGGAGUGCCGUGUCUGGCGUUUGAUUAGGUCGCCCAUCAAAUCUGCUUCGAGUGUCCUUUUGACGUUCGACUACGGAGUAUCGUGCAAGACAUCUGGUCGUUUCUUGGGUUUUAUGCUGGACGCGAUACCCAAGGAGGAGCGGUUAUGAGGCUCUCUCCGUCUUUACAGUGCUGGCUGAUCUGCCUGUUUGCUUGGAGGAUACUGGCUGACAACCACUCGCAACCCAUCUCAAUUUUUCGCUCGCGACCAGACCUAGUGGCACCGAUCCUUACAGUCUUCGACAGACUACCCGAGAAGCAAGCGCCGGGUUACUACUUUGUAUCGCCCUACCAGCAAAUCCAGGAAUCCGUGCAUAUCUAUGACAAUGACGCCAACCUGGUAUACAGCGGCUUCGGGAGUGCCGGGCCUGGCAUCUCUCAUGCACCUCAAACAUGCAUGUACAAAGACGAAAUCCAUAUGUGCUUCUACCAAGGCACCCAGAUGAUUGGUUGGGGUCACGGCCACGGCAUCAUUAUGGACAAGCACUAUCGCAUCGUCAAGUCCGUCGAGCCCGGCAGCUAUCAAGCGUCAUCAGACAUGCAUGAGUUCAUGGUGAUCAACGACGGCAAAUCAGCAUUGAUGACACAAUACCUUCGCAGCGUCUACGAUCUAUGUCCUUGGAGCCUUUGCGACGGGCUGGGGUACAUUCAACAAGGAGCCUUUCAAGAAGUUGACGUCGACUCGGGCAAAGUCUUGUUCGAGUGGACGAGUCUGGAUCACGUCCACCCGUCGGAGAGCUACGUCGACCCGGGCACGACCGAGAUCAGUGGGAGCGGCGAGAAUCCUGCUAGUCCUUGGGACUAUUUCCACAUCAACUCCAUCGACAAGAAUGCAGAUGGUGACUACCUCAUUUCCGCCCGGCACGUGUCUGCCGUGUACAAAAUCUCGGGCGUUGAUGGCCACGUUAUCUGGCGCUUGCAUGGAGCCAAGUCGGAUUACUAUCUUGACGGCUUCUCGUUCUCCUUUCAGCAUGACGCGAGAUUCAUUUCCGACAAUGCAACGCACACGGUCAUCUCGCUCUUCGACAAUGGAUCGAAUGGCUUCAAUCAGACUCAGCCUCAUUCCACCGGACAGAUCAUCAGUCUAGACCACCACACCAAAGUCGCAACUUGCCUCCUGAAUCUCGACCCGCCCUUCGUCGAUGGCCACGCCCACAUCUCCAAGUCGCAGGGCAACUUCCAACGCCUCCCCGGUGGCAACAUAAUCAUGGGUUGGGGUAAUGACGCGUUCUGGACCGAAUAUACUUCUGAUGGAGAAAUCGUCUUCUACGGCGCUCUCGGCUGGCAAAACGUCAUGAACUACCGGGUACACAAAUUCGACAACUGGGUCGGCUUGCCGCUGACAAAGCCUGCUCUCUGGAGUUAUUCGAAGGAGGGCGACGACAUGGUACUGUACGUUUCGUGGAACGGCGCGACAGAAGUCAGAUCGUGGCGACUCUAUGGAGCUAGCUCUAAGGAGGGACCAUGGGAAGAAAUAGCUACGGCACCCAAGACUGGGUUCGAAACAAUCUUCAGACACGACUCGACAUUCAAGUACGCGUACGCGGAAGCUCUCGACAAAAACAGCAAGGUUUUGGGUAAGUCAGCUGUCGAGGUUACUUUUACGCCCAAUGUCAAGAUGCUCAACUACUGUGACGACCUCGCGUGCCAGUUCAUGCCAAGCGACCAGGAGCGCGAGGAGGAGCGACAGCGGAAGGCCGAAGAGCAACGGCAGCGGGAGGAGGAAGAGCGUCUCGCGACGCAGCAAGCGGCAGAAGCCAAAGAGGAAGCGAAGCGAAGAGCCGAGAUCUAUGGAGGCACAUUUGGUGGUUUGGUGGUCCUGAUCAUCUUGCUCAUCGUGCUGGCCACGAGGAACUUCGUCUCUCGGCCUAUCCAUGUCUUGGUCCAUCGCACGUGGAGCACGAUUGUAACGAAGAUUGGUAAGAAGGAUGGAAGAGAUGUUGGUGUGGGUGCAGGAUACAAGGCUUUGGCGCUGGAUGAUCAGGAUGGCGCCGGAGCGCCGAUGAUAACGGAUCCUUCAUGACAUCCAUGAAGGAAAGAAGGAAGGAAGGCCACAGUGGCCGGCUGCACAUAUUCGGAGCAUUUGGUUUAGGCAUCUUUGAGGAUUUCCCUACAUUGCAACGAGUAUAUUGCAAAUACUAGUAACUAUAAUCAACGAACUGAUGAUACUUACCCG